UAGCUGUUCAGUUCAAAUGCUGCGAUUGAAUUGGGUCAGGGCAGGGUACAUACUGUGGGGCAUUAGGGCGAGGAGGGCGCGGACUCUGAGAGACGCGCAGCUUCACGCGCACGAUGACGACGCCGCUUGGCGGGAGCAGGAACGCAAAGCGAAGGAGGCUGAGGCGGCCAUGCGUGAGAUCGCGCGCGCCGCGCGGGAGGCGCAUCGGCUCAGUGCGCACGUCACCUGCGACCCGCCCGAGCAGCCGCAGACUGGCAAGCCGCCCAACAGAGAAGCAGUCAUAGAAUGGUUCCGGACGCAGGAGCUAAUGCGCGGCGUGGGGCUGGAUGAGGACAAUAAGCCAGUGGAUUGGUUCCAUGGUCUGAUCACCAGAUCGGAAGCGGAGCAGCUGCUGGCGGGGCAGCCGGCUGGCAGCUUCCUCGUGCGCAUCUCUGAGCGGGUGUGGGGCUACGCGAUCUCGUACCGCGAGCCAGCUCGCUGCAAGCACUACCUGGUCGAGACGGCGGCGGGGUACCGCCUGCUCGGCGCUGGACAAAUCACUCAUCAGACUUUAGCUGAUCUCAUAAGCUACCACAAGUCGGUGGCCAUCACCGAGAGCGGUGGGGAGCUGCUGUCUGCGCCCGUGGCGCCGGCGCGCGCGCCCGCCUGCCUCACACCCUGAAUUUCCCAACGCCACUGUCUUAACGCAAUCUACCAUCGCGAAACUCACCAAUAGACGAAAACUAUGUUCCUCGUGGAUCACACUACCGCCAACGUCCAUUGACUCACAUGGCGUGAGAGGAAACUAAAUUAAAAUAGGGAUGUUUCCUGGGUUAAAAAGCAAGAGUUUUAAUUAGUCCGUCAGUUAACUUAUCAAAAAAUACUCGAUACCUAUUUUUCACUUUUUCAAACUAAUGAAAAUUUAAAAAGAUACAGCGCGCCAAAGUUCAAAAGAAGAGGCCCGUGACGUCAAUGAGUGCUUAAAAUUGCAGCACUUUGUGACGUCGCGCGGAACUUCGAUGCACGAUAACUUUAUAAUUAUGUGUUUGAUUGACAAUUAAAAAUAUACGUGUCCAAUAUUUCUUGAUAUUAAAAUUUACGGACUAAAAAUUUUUUUAGGAAACUAGCCUAUUAUGUGCCCGGCACGGCAAAAUAAAAGCACGGCUAACUUUGAAGAACUCACGCCACGAGGAAAGCUUAGAUUAUCAAACUACAUGAUCAAGAUAAUACGUAGGUAUCCAUCGCUCGUUGUGUACUUGGCUUUCAACUCAAAAUACGGUUCAUAGAACGUUAGUACAUUCCCCUAAUCUUCUCAAAAUAUGAUCAUUCAAUGUUUUUGCCAGAAUAAGCGCGUAUAGUAGAUACGUCGCAAAAUAAAUAACAUGCAAUCACAGUUACGCGUACGAUACAACACGUGACACAUUGUAGUUUCAUUUAAUCUAGCAAAUUCUGUUAAAUAAACAUUUACAUAUUGUGUCGAAAUCAUUUUGAGAUUUUCCAUGGCCUGAAUUCAUAUUUUAAACAUUCAUUAGGGAAAUAGGAAAAUGAGCUUAAUAAAGCAAAUUAGAUAUUUGAUCAAAAUGAUGUUAUAGAAUAUUUCUUGACUUAACCAAACUAUUUUGAUUAUUUAAUAACAUAAAUCAGUCAAUAUUUUAGUCACUAAGCCGUAAUCGAUUUUGUAUAAUAGUUUUAUUUUAGUGCCUAGUUAUAAGCAUUGAAUAUUUUAUGAUGAGGACUUUUCAUUUAAUUUUUCGAAGUCUCGAUAUUACUAGGUAUAUAGGAGUGAUCAUUUAAACGGAGCUUGUAGCAGUCAAAAAUGAACGCGAGUGUGUAUAAAAUCCCGCACAUUAUACCAGAUUGCAUCCAAUAGAUUCUAUUGUAUUAACCUUCUUCACAAUAAGGGAGCAAUUUUCUUGUGGACCAACUUUUAGGGCUAAUUUUUCAAUCGGAUAGCCCCUGGGCCACACACAUCGUGAUCGAAUCUUCGGGUCAUCACGAUGUAUGUGGCCAAGAUGCAUCUGAAGAAAUAAUUAUGUUUAUUCUUCAGUUAAGAGAUAUCCGACGUCCUUCAGAAAAAAGAUAUUAUAAUUUUGCACAAGUUCAUAUGCCAGCUGCGCUGGUGAGAUAAGCUGCACUUCUCUUUAACAUAAAACCACAUUUUAUUGUACAGCAGCGUCAAAUAGUUCGUGACACCCGAAGUGGCCAAAAAGUUCAAAACACAACCUUAUUCCAAUAGGC